GCCGGCGCGGGGACGCCUGCGCGCCGCGGGCUGACCAAGCCGAGUUCGCUCCACGGAGCAGGCGCUGGAACCUGCGGCCGAAGCCGCGUCUUCUGUCUGCUCCGCCACCAGCCGGGGCUCGGGCUCGAGCCCGGGCCCCCGGGACAUGGCCGUCCGGAGUGCCCAGGGUGACGGCCCCACCUCCCGCCGCUGGGACGGCGGCGCGGAAAAGACAGACUUUAAUGCCAAAAGGAAAAAGAAAGUGGCAGAGAUCUACCAGGCUCUGAACAGUGAGCCCACUGAUGUGGCUGCCCUUAGACGCAUGGCGAUCAGUGAAGGAGGGCUCCUGACCGACGAGAUCAGGCGGAAAGUGUGGCCCAAGCUCCUCAAUGUCAACACCAAUGAUCCACCUCCUAUAUCAGGAAAAAACCUACGAGAGAUGAGCAAGGACUACCAACAAGUGCUCCUGGAUGUCCGGCGGUCUUUACGGCGGUUCCCGCCUGGCAUGCCAGAAGAACAGAGAGAAGGGCUGCAGGAAGAGCUGAUCGACAUCAUCCUCCUCAUCUUGGAGCGCAACCCGCAGCUGCACUACUACCAGGGCUACCACGACAUCGUGGUCACGUUUCUGCUGGUGCUCGGCGAGAGGCUGGCAACAUCCCUGGUAGAGAAGCUGUCUACCCACCAUCUCAGGGAUUUCAUGGACCCAACAAUGGACAAUACCAAGCAUAUAUUAAACUAUCUGAUGCCCAUCAUUGACCAGGUGAAUCCAGAACUCCAUGACUUCAUGCAGAGCGCCGAGGUGGGGACCAUCUUUGCGCUCAGCUGGCUCAUCACCUGGUUCGGGCACGUCCUGUCUGACUUCAGGCACGUCGUGCGGUUAUACGACUUCUUCCUGGCCUGCCACCCACUGAUGCCCAUUUACUUUGCAGCUGUGAUCGUGUUGUAUCGAGAGCAGGAAGUCCUGGAUUGUGACUGCGACAUGGCCUCGGUCCACCACCUGUUGUCCCAGAUCCCUCAGGACCUGCCCUACGAGACACUGAUCAGUAGAGCAGGAGACCUCUUUGUUCAGUUUCCCCCGUCUGAACUUGCUCGAGAGGCAGCUGCCCAGCCGCAAGCCGAGAAAACGGCUGCCUCUACGUUCAAAGACUUUGAGCUGGCAUCCGCGCAGCAGAGGCCCGACAUGGUACUGCGACAGCGGUUUCGGGGACUCCUGCGGCCUGAUGAGCGAACAAAAGAUGUCCUGACCAAACCAAGGACCAACCGCUUUGUGAAGCUGGCGGUGAUGGGGCUGACAGUGGCGCUUGGAGCGGCCGCCCUAGCCGUGGUGAAAAGUGCCUUGGAGUGGGCCCCAAAGUUCCAGCUGCAGCUGUUUCCCUAAAUGCCAGAGAAGAUACUUCCUCUUACAUGACGUCACAGUCUCACCCUUCCAUGGACAGAUUGGGAGGGGGUGGAAUUUCCUUUAUUAAAAGGGUUUCUGUCAAGGAUUUUCUAUUCCUGCACCCUUUCCCUCCUGUCCAUGGAUGCCUUUGCUUCAGAGGCCAGUAGCAGAGCCUGCAUGACGCUGGGCACUCGGGGGCCUGAGCACAGAACUCCUCUCCCUCGUGGCCUGAGUGAGCUCUCUGCUGCCUCCUCUUAUGCUGAAGGAAAUGGGUCUCUGCAGCUCCUGGUUGCCUUUGGAACCCACUGGGCCUGGUCACUGGGGAAUGUCUUGGCUGCUCGUAAGUAAACUGGACCACUGAAGGCCCUCCUGGCGGCUCCUCCAGUCUGUCUGCUUCAGCUGGACAAAGAAGGACGGAGCUGCUGCUUUAGUCAGACCUGGGAAUGAAGGGGAUGGGGCAGAGGAGGCUGGCCUGGGAGCAAGAUUGGCCCCUUUUAAGAACAGCUCCAAGCUGGUCAGAAAUCUAAGAGACAUAUGUGAACUAGGUUAGUAGGUAAAUCCUACCUAUUUUCAGCCUAGAAAUCACUUGGGCAUUUCCAGACAGGAAGGAAUGUUAAUUUUAGGACCCCUGACAUAGGCCGGUUUUUGCCUGCCUUUUUUUUUUUUUUUUUUCUUGUUACUCUCUUCCACAAGCCACGCAGUGGUUAUAAAAAUGUACAUUUACUACUAUUUUUAGAAUUACACACAUCCAACAUGUAAAGUACCACCACUUUUAAAAUAAUAGUUCCUUCAUGGAAGAAAAAAAUAGUUCUCAUCAGAAGGAUUAGCUUCUAAAACCCUGAGGUUUCCUUUCUACUCAAGCAUUUAACAUUUCACUUCAGCCAGAGCUGCUGUUUAUAAACAGCCCCAUACUUCCACAGUGCCCGCUUCCUGUCCAGCUUCCCUUCCUUCCUUCAUGUUUUCCUUCAGUCUCCCUUCUACCCCCCAGAUCAGCAUCCAGUCAUGAUCUUGGCUUUGUCUUUUGCGUUUGACCUAUCUCUUCAGCUGCUGGUCUCUCCUUCCUGGUUGGAAAUGUCACUGGGAACUUGUCAGCACCCAGAAAGGGACGAACUGCAGCCUGAAGCGUGUGGUGGGAGCCUGGGACAGCCAGCCCCACUGCUCCAGGCUUCCUAAGGACUCUCCAGGCCUUAGGGAACACGAUGCAUAUUCAGUUCUUCUGAUACGGCUUUUCGUGUAAGCAAACCUAGGUUUGUUUUAGAUUAACUGUGGCUUGGAAAAAAGUGCCUUUUGCUGCUUUGAAGAACUGGGGUGUAUGGUAAGAAGCAGCCAUGUACUUUUCUUUUCCUGGUCUGUCUCGGGCACUGUUCUUUCUUGGCAGGUAUUUUCUUAAACAUGCCAGAAGCACUCCCUCCCACCACACCAGACCUCCACAUCCUCCCCGUAUUCUCACAGUGUGCAGAGUGGUUAGAAGAGGCAUCUACUUACAUGAGUUACACUAAGCACUUUACAGCCAAAAACAACGGAUCAUUCUCCAUAGCAGGAGUCCCAUCUGGGGUUAGCGUGAUGUGAAUGGAUUAAUCUAGGAAAAGGUAGAUUUAUCAAGACAGCGGGAAUUUUCCCAAGAUCUAGAUGAUGUGACAGAUAUUCCCAGUCUUCCACAGCAAGUUUGUCUUAUCAUCAUCUUUGCAAGUGUACAUCAUUGGCCCCUCCUGCCACAAAUCUUGGGUCUAUCUGUAAAUACUGAAGGGAAGUGAUGGGGAAGAGGAAGGGGGGAGGUGCAUGUGAUCAGAGUCCCAAGGCCACGGUUUUUUGGAUUCCAGGAAAACAGGUGGCAUUUGCUUCUGCUGUGGCCUAGAAAGGAGAAAGUUCAUAUGAUUUUAUAGCUUUGCUGACAUCAGGAUUAGCCCCUGCCAAUGAGAAGAAAGAGUUUUUACCUUCAAGUGGUUUACUAUUCUGUAAAGAAUAUGUGUAAAUAAUUUGUACAGAGCCCUGUAUGAAAUAAACAGCCAUAUGUGAUUACUGA